AUGGAGGAACAGGAACGUAUACCCAUGGAGUCGGGUGCCAGUGACCUGGCGGCAGAGGAGGGAUCACAACCGCCGCCGUCAGAAUCUGUGCAGGCGCAGGAGUCUGCAGUUGAAUUCUCAACUGUGGUUACUCAGCAGACUCCUGAGCAUUUAUGUCAAAACGGCGAGGAGAGAGCACUAAGCAACAGCAACUCCUUCUCCUUGGCCCGACCAGGUGUCGCUACAGAUCCAGAGCCGUUGCGGAACCUUAUUGUGAAUUACCUUCCUCCCAUGAUGGAUGAAAUGGAGCUGUGCGGCCUUUUUGGCCAGUUUGGUCCCAUUGAAAGCGUGAAGAUUAUCUAUGACAGGGAGACACGGGAGAGCCGAGGGUAUGGGUUUGUGAAGUAUGUUUACUACUUUAGUGCGUCAUAUGCCGCGAAUUCGCUCAAUGGGUACUGCAUUGCGGGGAAGCGUCUGAAGGUGGCGUACGCUAAUGUGGAGGCGGCGUGGGAGGCGUACAAUUCAUUGAGGGCGUCGGCCAUGAUGUUCUCUCUACAGCAGCAGGCGGCCUUGCAGACGGUCUUCUACCAACAAAUGCUCCUGGCACGGCAGGAGGAGGAUGAACGUCGUCAGCGGUAG